AUGCAAAAUCGCAGUCAUUUCUUUCAAGAAAUAAGGUCAGAAAUUAUUCUCAAACCCGUAGGUGCUGUUAGAGUUCACUUUAGAUUUAAAAGUUAUCGAUUGAAAAUUAAAAGCGAUUUUUAUUCACACAUCGCUUACGUUCUAAAGUCAAUGGGAAAACUGACGAUAGUAAACGACGAGCUUAACGUUCUGACGUGA